ACCCUUUUCAUGAAUCAGAACCCUGAACUUCUAUAUCUGAAACUGUGAAUCUUUUCCAUCUUUGUUUGUUUCUCUUUCCUACCUGCUUCUAAAUUCCCCUCUUCCUUUAUUCAGCUCCGAGAUGCCAUCUAGAUACAGCCAUGGAAAGGGAGGCUAACCUUCCAGCCCCACCUGCAACUUCCCAUAGCCUCUCGCGCCUGUCUCGCGCCUCAUCAUCAACACCCUCAUCAUCAACAUCCUCAUCAUCGACAUCCUCGUCAUCUUCAACCCCAGAUUUUGUUCGGCAUGUGCGAGCCGCUUUCAAGCGUCACAGGCCUCUUGGUACAAUGCAGUCUGAAAGUCUUCGACCAAGACGUGUACUGGUAUCCCAGAGAGAACCAGAAAAGGGCAAUGAGAAGUCUCAAGAUGCGGUGUCAUCGAGACAGGCUAAUGCAACACAUGAUUUGAUUGCUGAGAGGGAAAAUGUGGUAGCUGUUGCUGGAGAAGUUCCUGAUGAUUCAUCAAUUACUCCUCCUUCCAUUUCGGGGACUGUCACACAAACCCAUGACCAAAACUUAGAGCCAUUUAGUAUGAAGGAAGAUAAUAACAAACUUAAUCUGGAUGGGCGAAAUGAUGAUGGAGUUUCUUCUUCUUGUCUAGAAUCUCAACACCUCCCAGUGGUUGAUGGUGCAAAGAAAGUUCAAAUAUCUUCGGGCUGCAAUAUGGAUCCCCAGAAAAUGGAAUGGAUUGGGAGCAGUCGGGUGGAGACAUCUACUGUUAAUGAUCACCACUUGAAGCAGCGAGAAUCUCAGCAACCGGAAGUUUUGGACAUCAGCUUGAGGUCUGGUGGUGGAAUCUCUUCAUUGCUGGCAAAAAGAAGUGCUUUGUACCAGGACCAGCAACAUCAAUUAAUGACAUUUACUGGAAAGGACAUUGGCCAUCCCAUGACUCAAUCCUCGCUUAUGGGUUCAACAUGUGCAACCACAACUUCAGUCCAUUCAUCGUCUGCACCAAUACUGAGUUCAAUGACCUGCACCUCUUGUCUUCGAGAUAGCGGUUCUCAUAUGGAUAUUGAAGCUUUGGAAGAGCUCAAGGGAAAUCCUCAACCUACAGCUCAAGGGGAUGCUGUGAAGCCAUGUUCUACAUUUCAGCACAACAGUGAGAUGUUAAUAGGCCAGAAAGAUAUUCCAAAACAAGUAUCUGUCUUUGCUUUUGAUCCAGCAUUGAGAGUUAAUGAUCAUGGCCUCUUAAAGGUUCAGCAAGACUGUAACAAGAAGGAAUGUGAGCAGCCACAUGAUGCACAAGUUGACCAUGGAAAGGGUUCUCAGUUUGAUGAUAAACCAAAGAAAGGGAAGGAGAUUCUAGGUGAUGGUCCUGUUGUAACUUCUCAGGCUCCAUCAUCAAGAAACUCAUGUUCAAAUAUGAAAUUGGAACCUUCCAAAUCAGAAAAACCAGAAAAGGCUUCAAGUGGAAAAGGGGCAUCAGUUCGUAAAAAGAAUUACGAUGCUGAUUUGUUUAGGGUUAAUGGGAAACUCUACCAAAAGCUUGGCAAGAUUGGAAGUGGAGGAAGUAGUGAGGUUUACAAAGUCAUUUCAGCCGAUUGUACAAUCUAUGCCCUUAAAAGGAUCAAGCUUAAAGGCCGUGAUUAUUCCACUGCAUAUGGGUUUUGCCAGGAGAUUGAGUACCUAAACAAGUUGAAGGGAAAAAAUAACAUCAUUCAACUUAUUGACUACGAGGUGACAGAUAAAAGAUUGCUUGAGGAAGUCAUGAAUGGUUCAAUGAAUACAAAAGAUGGCAGAAUCAAGGAUGAUGGAUACAUUUACAUGGUACUUGAAUAUGGAGAAAUUGAUUUGGCUCAUAUGCUGUCACAGAAGUGGAAAGAAAUGGAUAGUUCCAAUUGGUCCAUAGAUGAGAACUGGCUCCGUUUCUAUUGGCAGCAAAUACUUCAAGCGGUAAAUACAAUACAUGAAGAACGCAUUGUACACUCCGACUUAAAGCCAGCUAACUUCCUUCUCGUCAAAGGUUCACUAAAAUUGAUUGAUUUUGGAAUUGCUAAAGCCAUUAUGAGUGAUACAACCAACAUCCAACGAGAUUCACAGGUGGGUACACUGAGUUACAUGUCUCCAGAAGCAUUCAUGUGUAAUGAGAAUGAUGCAAAUGGAAACACAAUCAAGUGUGGUCGUCCAUCAGAUAUCUGGUCUCUUGGCUGCAUUCUUUAUCAAAUGGUAUGUGGGAAAACUCCGUUUGCAGAAUACAAGACAUUCUGGGCUAAGUUCAAGGUCAUAACUGAUCAAAACCACGAGAUUACUUAUGGGUCAGUUUCAAACCCUUGGUUGCUUGACCUGAUGAAGAAGUGUCUUGCAUGGGAUCGCAAUGAAAGGUUGCCGAUACCCCAACUACUCCAACACCCCUUCCUCGUUCCUCCUGUAUCAUCCCAGCUAUCAGUGGCACAGUAUCAAAGCUGUAAAUUGCUUCAGCUAAUGGCUGAAGCCUAUGGGAAUGAUCAUGAAAUGUCUAGCCUACUUUCUCAGCUCCAACAAAUCCUAGCAGACCCAAUUCCUCUAUUGACAUCUCAGUUGUCCACAUCUCAAGACCAACACUGUGAGUUGCUCUCAAAAAUGUCAAGGCUUUGCUAUCAACUCCAGCAACACAUAGCAAGCCUUGGAAAAGAGUACGAUUAAAAAAUGUAGUCACAACCUGCUAAUGUGUAAAUUUUUUUUUUUUGUGGGGAAGGGAGAUUAGUAUACUGUUUUGCAA